GGAAAUGCGACCUUGAGAGACGGCCAAAGUGACAGAAAGUUUCCGUAGCAACGUCACCAUUAUUUAAUUAACAUGCGCGUCCAGGCAACGCGGAGACGCGCUCCACUUUGUGGAGUUUGUUCAUUGUCUGAAGAAGACGAUGGUACAGUAGAAUAAUAACAUCAGAUUAUAAUUAUUGCUCGAUUUGCAUAAAGAUACAAAUAAUAAACAUGUAUGAUCGAGCUCCCAGGGUCACACAUAUGACAUUAAGCAGCACCACGUCUGAAAUUGGACCAGGAUCUUAUAAUAUCAGUAGGUCUCACAGCUGUAAAAGAGACUCCUAUGCUCCAUUCCUCUCUCUGUGCAGUAGAGAUUCUGUGUUCUUGAGGUCAGGCAGUGAUCUGUUUCCAGGUCCAGGACAAUACAACAGUGACAUCACCAGGCAGAGUCAUAUUUUGGGAGGAAAGAGUCUUCAGAACCGAUCAAAGAGGUUUGAGGAUGCUGUGUCAGAUGUCCCAGGACCAGGGGCGUAUGAUGUUUCCCAUAAUGUUUCACAUGAAGAGAAAAUAAUGAAAAAUCCAGAGAAAGGCUUGAAGGGCGUCUCUAAAGGUGUGAAGUUACACCUGAGUCCUGAUGCACCAUCCAUACCGUCUCCAGGACAGGCCUAUGGAUAUGAAGAAGAUGCUCAGGGUGUCCUACUCAGAUUCAACCCCCCCAUCAAAGACCAGACCCUCGGCCCCGCCUUCUACAGUCCUGGAACGGAGGAAUUUUCUUCUUCAAAGAAGUAUAAAGGUGUGCACUUUAGCAGGAUGACGGGCCGGAAAGAGCAGACGAGGGAUGCAGACGGGCCUGGACCAGGACAAUACGACCUACAGGACGACCACACAGCCCAUUAUGAAAACGUGAAUCUGAGGCAAGAACAGCGAGGUCGACCGGAGCUGAUCCUCCCUCGAUACCAUGAGCUGAUCACGUUACAAGAGGAAAAGAAGGGCGUCCCAGGUCCAGGACAGUACCACAUAAAAAGUCAGUUUGAGGAUCAUAAUCUACACCGAGGUCCAGCAUCGAACCCACCGUUCCUCUCUCAAGCUCAGAGGUUUAGUUCAUCUAAAGAUGAAGCGCCCCCUGUUGGUGCUUACGAUGACCCGCGCUGUGCUCUUGAGCUUCUGAAGAAAAGCAGCGGGGUAAAUAAAAGCCCCUUUGGUGCGACUGCUGUACGCUUCCUUCCAGAAAACCAAAUGAAGAGCACACCAGGUCCUGGUGCUUAUAACGUGUGUGACUAUAGUUUAUCUCAGGAGAGUUUAAAGAAAUCCAAGGUAAAGGGCGCAAGGAAAGGAGCUUUCGGCUGUGUUGCACCUCGCCAGCUCUUCCACCCCAGUAAAGCGGGAAUACACGGCCCGGGUCCGGCACAGUACAACGUGAUGACAAAAGAAGAAUUAUAUAAGAAACGGAGCACCGCCGCUUUUAAAUCGACCACUAACAGACUUAUGGGUUCCCUGUACGCAAAAGAUACGCCUCCGCCGGGCUCGUAUAACGUGUGCGAAUCAUUUGAGAAGAUUCACGGCAGCCAUCGCUACAGCCGACCUCAGAAUGAAAUAGCGAAAAAACGACAGAGCAGCUUUCUGUCGGCCGCCCCCAGAGACCCUGAGUUUCUCCGCUGUGACCCCCAGAUCCCAGGUCCAGGUCAUUAUAGUCCAGAUGUGAAGUCUGGUCCAAAGUUGGCCCUGAUUGGCUCAAAAGAAGAUCGGUUUAAGUGCCUUAAGGACAUCACUCCAGGACCGGGAGCAUAUGAGUUGAGUCCGGUCAUCAAGGACACAGUUCUCAAAGGCACCUUCAAUGUGACGCUUCUCAACCCUUUAACAUCCAGCACUAGAUCUUUACCUUCACAAAGGUCUCAGAAAAAAACUACAGCUCACAGCAGUGCCUAACUCAGGUCAAAGGUCACAGACUACUAAAAAGGCCUCGGCUAUGCCUCUCCCAUUAAACACAUGCUUCUCAGGAGGUCCUGACACGCGCACACCUCUUUAUGGGUGAUAUAUUUCCCCAGUGCUCCAAGAAAAUAAAUCAGGAUUCUUUAAUGCG